UUGCAAAAUUAUGCAGUAGUUGUACAAUGUACCAUGUGAAUAGGUCUAUAAGUAAGGUAAAUGUGAACAUAUUUACACUGUAAAUUCUUACCUGAGUUAAUCUAGCAUUUACUAAACUUAUUCACAUGGUAUGUUGCAGAGCGCCUGUCGGACUCAGUGUUGAGGUUGUUUCGUGAAAGAGCUGAUGAGAAAGAUGAGAAUAUGUAUGCGGAAAAGUUGAGAAAAUCAAGAAAGAGAAACCAUUCACUAGAGCCUGGGGAAGAUGAUAUGCCCGUUGCCAAGAAACAGAAGAAAGGCAAGGUGAAGCAGGAAGAUGACUACAUAAUAGAAAAAAUUGUUGACAUCAAAUUUGAAAAUGGCCAAGAAUAUUUUUAUAUAAAAUGGAAAGGUUUUGAUGAUGAUGAUAACACAUGGGAACCGCUGGCACAUCUUGACAACUGUCCAGAACUUCUGCGAGAAUUUCUUACUGAUAAAGAAUUAACAUACUGCGAAAGUAUUGAUAAAUUAAAAAAUGAAAUAUCAUUUGGAGAUUUACUCAGUGAAGAUAACUUAAUAGCUAGAAUAGAUGAAGUAGAUGAGACUGACAUAUACAAAUUAAAGGAGGCAUUAACAAUUAAAUUGCUCUCCAUGAUCAUUUUACCUCUGGAAGAGGAACAAUUUGCCACAGAACUUGUUCAAGAUACUAGAAAUAUAUAUCAACUCUAUGUGUUGUGUAGAAAGCGAUGCCGUCAAAUGAUGUCCUUAAAACAAUGGGAGCAACACAUAAAUCAAGUUGAUAAAUCAAAGAAACUUACUAUAGAAAAUGAGGUUGAUUUGGCUGGUCCACCGGAAAACUUCACAUACAUAAAUCAGUCUAUUCCUGGUGUAGGUGUGACCAUUCCAGAUGACCCUCCAAUAGGGUGUGACUGCACUGCCUGCAACUGCCGCUCUAAGUCCUGCUGCGGAAUGCAGGCAGGCCUGUUUGCAUACACUGUCAACAAGAGAUUACGCGUCGCAUCUGGGACACCAAUUUACGAGUGCAACAAAGCCUGCAAAUGUUCAGCAGAUUGCAACAACAGAGUUGUUCAAGGAGGAAGAAACAUCAAGCUAUGUAUCUACAGAACGGCCAAUGGCUGUGGGUGGGGGGUCAGAACAGAACAGAACAUAAAACAGGGACAAUUUAUCUGUCAAUAUGUAGGAGAAGUAAUUACUUUUGAAGAGGCUGAGAAACGUGGGAGGGAAUAUGAUGCUAAUGGCUUGACAUAUCUGUUUGACCUGGAUUUUAACUCUGUAGAAAAUCCUUUUGUAGUUGAUGCAGCGCAUCUUGGGAAUAUAUCACAUUUUAUAAACCACUCCUGUGACCCAAACUUGGGAGUGUGGGCCGUGUGGGCUGAUUGUCUUGAUCCUAAUCUUCCAAUGCUGGCAUUGUUUGCGACACGGGAUAUUGAUGCCGGAGAAGAAAUAUGUUUCGAUUAUUUGCAGAAAGCAAAUGAUAAUGAUGAAGAACCUGGCAGCCAUGCGCCUCGGAGACCCAUGGUGGAGGCAGACGACGCAAGUAUUCCGAAUGGUGAUGAAGCAACCACCGCAGACUCCCCUGCCUCUCCUGCGAAGUCCAGAUUUGAAAUUCAACAGCAAAAUAUGAGCAUGCUAAGAAACAGAACGGAAUGUAAAUGUGGCACCAUGAAAUGUAGAAAAUACUUAUUUUAAAUUGUACAAACAAGUAGUUCAGUUUUACAAAAUGAGUAUAAUUUCCAAGUGCUUAUUUUACUUACAAUAUCACAAGUGUCUACACAAGUACACACUGAAUCUCUUUAAGUCUUGAAUUAAAUUAGUGCCUUAGUCUAAGCGCCUUUGAUCUUUAUGAAAUAACAAUCACUGUUGUGUUGCAUAUUUUUAUGUAACAGUUAUAGACUUUUUUAUAAAACUUUUCCCGGUUGUUAGCUUUUACGUCUCUUACAAUACUCUUGUUAUAUAUAUGGUUAUGAAAUGAGAAGUUUACUGUGUGAGAUAAAAUAGGUUCAUUUUCACAAUGUAUAACUGAACAAUUAUAUACAUUUUUCAAAUACUAUAAGCGUUUGUUAAAAUAGUGACAUGAAAGAUAUGUGUAAUAGGGUAUAAUUAAGUAAUAAAAUUGGACGUGUAGAAUUUCGGUAUUUAAGCUGAAAUAUUGAGUUCUUCCUUAGAUGUUUCAUUUUAGAAAUAUGUUUAUUAAUAUUAGGAUGAUUAUGAUUUCAGAACCAUUGGUUGUUGAAGCUACAGUCAGCAGCAGAAGUGACUAAGCGAACGAGGUGUUUAAAAUAAUUUGAACAUUACUUUUUGGCAGACAAUAAGAAGUAAAAACCUGUGUUGAUAAUUAUACAUAGACAAUUGACCCGCUUAGCCACUUCUGCCAUUGUCUCUCUUUGUAACAUGCUCUGUGGUGCAUGUUUUAAUUUUAUGGAUUGUAUAUCAAGUAUUAUGAUAAUAAAUUUAUUAAUAUUCA